GCUUCCUCGAGGUCGCUUUUCGUGUCCUCCUUUGGGAACGCUUCUUCACCGACAAUCUGCGCAACUUUGCCGACCUCUGCAGCGUGGUCAACAUCUCGGUGUUCGUGCUGGCACAGCGGAAUUUCGGCUACUACAUCCACGGACACUCGCCGGCGGGCAAAGCAGAGGUCAAUCUUCCCGGCAUCGUCUCCAUCCUCUCAUCGGCUCAGUGCGACGCCAUUCCUCGCCGGGGCAUCUCACCAGACUCCGACGACCAUACUUACCUGAUGGCACUGCCCAGUGGGCUUUACAGCAGCCUUGAGCGUCUUUUGGCACCCGCGAGGAACACUGCGGGCGCCAUGAAUGUGUCCAGUGGCCUGACUCACGAGACUGGACAGGCGGUGAAUAGGUUCCUCAUCAGCUUCAUUUCU